AUAGAUAAUACGUAAUAAGGAAGUAUUAAAAAAAAACGAAAGUACUAAAAAAAAGCACCUCCACUAGAUGGCGACUCUAGCAAAAGUUAAUUUUUGCAGGAAACGAAUGGAUCAAAGACAGUCAUUUCCAUUCCUUUUAACUAACAUAUUAUAAAACUGAAAUUUGAAAAGUUCGAAACUUUGAUAUCAAUACAAAUACGAAAAAGCACAAUAUAAUAUACCGAUACUACUAUUAAUAAUACGAGUUGUUUAUGGAAUUUUAAAAAUUAAAAUAUUUAAACAUGAAUUAAAACCGGAAAGGUUGUCAUGGAGAAAUCAAGAACGUACCGUAGCGACAUCUAGACUGAUUUCGGGAACUAAUUUUCUUUUUUUUCAUUCGUCCUCAUACUUGCUCAUACUGGUAGUGUCACGCAAAGAGAAAAAUAAUAUAGUGGUGUCACCCUUAAGUAUCAUAUAUAUGAUAGACGCGCUCAGAGCUAUUUUUUUUUAUUUUAUUUAAAUUCAAAAUUUUACAUAUUUUAUUAUUGUUUCUAAACGUGUAGAGACCACAAGGCCAUGAAUUAAAAAAGAAGAAGAAGAAGAAAAUAUAUAUAGGGUCAAACACUGUCAGUAGUGUCAGUGAGUGUCAGUGUCAUUGAUAAUAUUGUCUGUCGCAGUCAAGUCAACAUUUUAGUAUUUUGAUCAGUAUCGUCUAAUUUUCUUGCUGCGGACUGUUAGGUGCAAAGAAUUAUUCGAAAUACGCAUUGUAAUAAAAUCAUAUUAUUACUGUGACCGUGGGUAUGGUACAUAAUAAUUAGUUUGCUAGUGGCCAAAUGGAUAAAGAAACAGAAAAAACUACAAAAUCCAGUAUAGUAAGCCUGUCAUGGAUUGGAAGUAUAUAUAAGGCCAUAAUUUGGAGCUGGAGUGGAAGCUGGUUCAGUUGGACUCGUCAAUCAGAUGCAAUGUUACGCAACAUUGAGAAGAAGAUAUUAUCAUGCCUGAAGACAUCAUACAAACGAUUCUACGUGGACAUCGGAUCCGUUGUGGGGCAGUGCGAUAAAAUAUGGACUAUAUCUUUGAACGAUGAGUCGCCGAAGACGCCGCUCGUCAUGUUGCACGGAAUGGGUGCAGGUGUCGCCCUCUGGUGUCCGAACCUCGACGCGUUUGCCGCAACUAGGCCGGUGUACGCCAUCGAUCUUCUAGGUAAUAAUAAAUAGUAAUUUAUUUAUUUUGUACAAAUACAAGUCAUAUAAUUAUUUUAGAAGCCAGUGCCUUCCCAAUGAUUACAAAGCUUUGUGCAUGCUAUACGUGAGUGUGCGCGCAUAAAGGUUUACCUUAUUUUUCUGGGAAUGACAACCCGGAAGUAUAAUGGGGCGAAACUGAUGAAACGUUAAAGUGACAGUGGCAGUUAACUGACAGUAGCGUUGCCCGUAGUGAAACCGAUGAUUAAUGCUGCUAGUAGUAGUCGAUCUCUUUCAGGCCCCG